UACAUACACACACACACCCAGGCACGGAAGGAAAGGCGCUCGCGCGCGUCGGUUCCCCCUUGCCUUCUACCCACCCACCUACCCUUGCCAGCCUGCCUGCCUGCCCCUGCGCCUUGGCUAUAAAGCAGCAGCUGCGACCGGCCUCGGGGUCCCUUCUGUCCCUCCCUGGCCACGGGGGAGGCGGAGAAAGCACAGCAGCCUUCGCAGAAGGCGGAAGGAACAACAGACAUUUAAUAAACCCUCCUCCUGGUCUUGCUUCCCAUCCUGUCGGCAGAAACAUGGCAGAUAAUCUAAGCGACGCCUUGAAGAAGCUGAAGAUAACAGCUGUUGACAGCACAGCUGAUAGCUUGGAGGGGUGCUUGGACUGUCUGCUUCAAGCCCUGGCUCAAAACAAUACAGAGACAAGUGAAAAAAUCCAGAAAAGCGGGAUCCUCCAGGUGUUUGCAAGUCUCUUGACUCCGCAGUCUUCCUGCACUGCAAAAGUAGCUAACGUCAUAGCAGAAGUAGCCAAAAAUGAAUUUAUGCGCAAUUCAUGUGUGGAAGCUGGCUUGAUCCCACCUCUGGUGCAGCUCUUAAACUGCAAAGAUCAGGAAGUGCUUCUUCAAACAGGACGUGCCUUGGGCAACAUAUGCUAUGACAGCCAUGAGGGCAGAAGCGCAGUUGACCAUGCAGGUGGGGCACAGAUUGUAAUAGAACAUUUAAAGUCACUGUGCAGUAAAACAGAUCCAGCCAGUGAGAAGCUCUUGACUGUCUUUUGUGGCAUGCUGAUGAACUAUAGCAAUGAGAAUGAUACCCUGCAAUCUCAACUCAUCAACAUGGGUGUUAUCCCUACGUUAGUGAAAUUGUUGGGCAUUCAUUGCCAAAAUGCGGCUCUGACUGAAAUGUGCCUUGUUGCAUUUGGCAAUUUAGCUGAACUUGAAUCAAGCAAAGAGCAGUUCGCCUACACAAAUAUUGCUGAAGAGCUUGUGAAACUGUUCAAGAAGCAGAUAGAACAUGACAAGAAGGAGAUGAUUUUUGAAGUUUUGGCUCCUCUAGCAGAAAAUGAUAUUAUUAAGUUGCAACUAGUUGAAGCAGGACUUGUAGAAUGUCUACUUGAGAUUGUCCAGAAGACUGUGGACAGUGACAAAGAGGAUGACAUUGCUGAGCUUAAAACUGCCUCUGAUCUUAUGGUUCUACUACUGCUAGGAGAUGAAUCAAUGCAAAAAUUAUUUGAAGGCGGAAAAGGCAGCGUGUUCCAAAGAGUGCUUUUAUGGAUCCCCUCUAAUAACCAUCAGCUACAGCUUGCUGGAGCACUGGCAAUUGCAAAUUUUGCUAGAAAUGAUGGCAACUGUAUCCAUAUGGUGGAUAAUGGCAUUGUUCAGAAGCUGAUGGAUUUACUGGACAGGCACGUGGAAGAUGGAAAUGUCACUGUGCAGCAUGCAGCACUGAGUGCACUCCGAAAUCUUGCUAUUCCCGUUGUAAAUAAGGCGAAGAUGCUGUCAGCUGGUGUUGCAGAAGCGGUGUUGAAAUUUCUCAGAUCUGAGAUGCCUCCUGUUCAGUUCAAACUGCUUGGAACGUUAAGAAUGUUAAUAGACGCGCAAGCAGAAGCGGCUGAGCAGCUGGGGAAGAAUGUAAAGCUGGUGGAAAGGCUGGUGGAGUGGUGCGAAGCCAAGGAUCACGCAGGUGUGAUGGGAGAGUCCAACAGACUAUUGUCUGCUCUUAUACGACACAGCAAAUCAAAAGAUGUAAUUAGGACCAUUGUUCAGAGUGGUGGCAUUAAGCACUUAGUUACCAUGGCAACUAGCGAACACGUAAUAAUGCAGAAUGAAGCUCUUGUCGCUUUGGCACUAAUAGCAGCUUUAGAAUUAGCCAUGGCUGAAAAGGAUUUGGAAAGUGCCCAGCUAGUGCAAAUUCUACACAGGCUGCUGUCAGAUGAGAGGAGUGCGCCAGAAAUCAAAUACAAUUCCAUGGUACUGAUCUGCGCUCUUAUGGGAUCAGAACUCCUUCACAAGGAAGUGCAGAGCCUGGCCUUUCUAGAUGUCGUAUCAAAACUCCGCAGCCACGAGAACAAAACGGUCGCCCAGCAGGCUUCCCUCACAGAGCAGAGACUCGCCGUGGAGAGCUGAGGAAGGGUACCCCCUCCCCGUUCCACAUCGUAUCUCAUCACGGAUGUCACCUGCGUCCCGUCCAGCUGCUCCCCCUGCUUCGUUUCCCCCCACCCUGUGUCACUUGUGCAUGUAUGUAACAUUCCCACACAGUUCAAACUGCUGUAGGUACCUGUCCAAAUAAGAUUUCUAAAAACCUAUAGCUGAUUGUCAUAACACAAUCCUGUCUCUCACAAACCACCAAGUGUACACACACGUACACAUAGUCUCCAGCCCUGUCGUUUUACCUGUAUUCUCGUUGCUUGGGCCACAUAGUAGAAUGUGCAUGUUGUAGACCUAUAAUACUGUAAAGUGGUACUUCCAUUGAUGACACCUGCCCUCAUUCCCCCUAACUCCGUAACCGUGUACUGCUAACUUAGGGACAAAACAGGAGGCAGCGAGACCAGGCUGGACUGCCUGUGAGGGGAGAUUUUAGAGGGGGGAAGGGGAAGCACCUUCUUUGGGGGUGCUUUAGAAACAAAAAACAAAGGGAUAAGUGAAGGAGGUCUUGCUGCUCAUUCACUGGUCUUGCCUAUUAAUGUCAACCCCAUGGUACCUAGAGGUAACAAAUAAAUUCCAGCGCUCUCACACUUUA